AUGUCUUCUAGUAUUAUAUCCCCAACUCUCAAGACCACCCCAAGCUCCCAAUUAAUCACCGUUGCAGCCGGAUGUUUCUGGGGGGUUGAACGAGUUUUCAAAAAGCAUUUUGCUAGUAAAGGAUUGAUUGAUGCUAAAGUUGGAUAUGCCAACGGUAUCCCAAUUGAAGGCCCGGUCACUUACGAAAAAGUAUGCAGUGGAUCCACCAACUACGCAGAAGCCGUUCAAAUAUCAUAUGAACCAUCCAAAUUAAGCUUGAAAGAAAUCUUAGACAUUUUUUUCAGAAUUCAUGAUCCAACUACAGUUAACUCUCAAGGCCCUGACAAGGGGACUCAAUACAGAUCAGCCAUCUACUUUCACAGCGAAGAAGAUGGUGCAAUUGCAAAACAAGCCAAGGAACAAUCCCAAAAGGACUGGUUCCCAGGAUACCAAAUUGUAACCCAAAUCGAACCACUCAAGAUCUGGUAUGAUGGGGAAGAUUACCACCAGGAAUACUUGGAUAAAAAUCCAGGCGGUUACGAAUGUCCAACCCACUUCUUGAGAACCACUCCUAAAAUAUAA